GGGAAAAUGAUCCGUUGGGCCAAGGAAUCGGUUGAUUGUGUACCCGCACUGCAUCUUUUGGGAGAGUGGUUUUCAUCCUUCGCCGAGGGAGUGAGGAAGGAGGGUGGAGAAGGGUACAGCAGAGAGAGAGAGAGGUAAAACAGUCGAGGGUAGUUGGAAGGGGAAGGUGAGAGAGGAGAGGGAGGAAGAGAGUGGUUGUAAAGCCGACGGUACUCGGGAUCGGAGCACGCCACGUAGGGAUUCCGAUCUUUGCGGCCAUCGGCGAUGGCGGACGGCGGGGCAUCAGGCGUACAUCAGUUCAACACCAUCUACUUGGGCGGAAGAGGGGGUUUGAACCCAGGGCAGCUGAAGAUCCACCCGACAGGUUUUCUGUGGAGAAAAACAGGAGGUGGUAAAGUCGUGGAGGUGGCGAAGAAUGACGUGGCAGGUGUCUAUUGGAUGAAAAUACCGAAGGGCAAUCAGUUAUCAGUCAGGCGCAAGGCUGGUGCCAAGAUCAAGUUCAAUGGCUUUCGGGACCAGGACGUCACAAGCCUGUCGGGCUACUUUUCAAACCAUUUCGGGAUUCAGGUCGAGGAGAGACAUAUGGCCACAAGUGGCCGAAAUUGGGGAGAUGUGGAAAUUGAAGGAAACAUGCUUGCAUUUAAGGUAAACAACCAACUAGCCUUCGAGGUCUCCAUUGCUGAUGACAUUUCGCAGACACAACCGCAAGGAAAGAACGAUGUCGUCCUCGAGUUCCAUGUGGAUGAUACUGCAGGAGCUGGAGAGAAAGACACACUCAUGGAGAUGAGUUUCCAUAUUCCCAACUCCAACAAGGCUUUCAGCGGCGACGAAGAACGCUCUGCAGCACAGGUGUUCUACGAGAGGCUCCUCGAAAGAGCAGAUGUUGGUCCUGCCCAAGGGGAAGCCGUUGCGACAUUCCAAGAAGUCAAGUGCUCGCUCAAGGCGGAGGAAGGACAGCUGUAUCCUUUGGAGAAGAGCUUCUUCUUCGUGCCAAAGCCUCCGACUCUCAUCCUCCACGAAGAGAUUCAAUAUGUAGAGUUUGAGAGACAUGGUGUGACAGGUACCAGUGGGAUUUCGUCACAUUACUUCGAUCUGCUGAUCGUCCUGAAGAAUGAUACGCAGCACCAAUUCCGUAACAUUCAGAGGAUAGAGUACCACAACCUGUUCAAUUUCAUCAAUACAAAGGGGCUAAGAAUCAUGAACCUCACAGGAGAGCAGGGUGGGCCAGUGGUGGACAGAGGGCUUGGCGACGGCGUAGAGGAUGAAGGACACGAUCCUCACCUUGCUCGCAUAUUGAAGUCUCGCGAGGGCGGAAGGCCGAUUGAAGAAGUUGAAGGAACCAGUGAUGAGGAGGACUCAGAUUUUGCACCAGCAGGAGAUAAUGACUCGGCAUCGGAACAGUCAUCUGGCGAGCACAGCAAUCCAAGCGAGGAUAGCGAUUCUGGUGACGAGGAUGAAAUGGAGGAAGAGGAUGAUGAGGGUGCUCGUCCAAAGAAAUCCAAGGACAAGGGUAAAGACCACGAGGGUGAUGACAAGCGAGCCAGCACAUCCAAAGGGGCCAGUGCUGUGCCAACGAAGCGGAAAAAGGCAGAUGGCGAGGAUGGGGGCAAGAAGAAAGGGGUGAAGAAGAAAAAGGACCCAAAUGCCCCGAAGAGGGCUCUGUCUGGGUACAUGUUUUUCUGCAAGGAGGAACGAGAGGCGACCCGUAAAGAAAACCCGCUCAUUUCGUUCGCGGAAAUCGGCAAGGCCAUCGGCGAGAAGUGGCAGUCAAUGUCAAAGGAAGAGAAGGCUCCGUAUGAGGCCAUGUCAAGGAAGGAUAGAGAGAGGUAUGAAAUGGAGAAAGCGGCUUAUGGUGAGGGUGGGGGGGUUGGGGGGGGUGGGGGGGGUGGCGAGGCUGGAGCUGGAGACGAUGGCUCGGAUGAAGAUUAAACAUAACAGAGGGCUGCCAUUGAUGUGCUAUAUUGUUUUAUUUUUUUCGAGUUCGUUGAGGAUAUUAGCUAUAGACUGACAGCACCCGCCAUAGAUAGAUGGACAAAAACGAUGAUGUCAGAGAUUCGGAUGUCAGAGAUUCGGACGUCAUAACACGGGCCACCGACGGUCAUGCUUGUAAGAAUGAGCCUCAGCUGUCGAUUGGCCGGCAUGCGGCAGACCGAAGCUACUGUUGCCUACAGUUAGAGUGCCACAGCUUCACCUCAGCCGUUGGAUUCGAUGGCCUGCUCGUGUAUGCUCACUCUAGUUUCCCAUGCGGCAAACCAUCGUUCAUCAAUGGAGGAGCGGAGUCAGAGAGGACAGUUCAAAAAGGGUGCAGCAUACAAAAUUAGUUGUAGUCAGUGGUGCCUUGCGUGUACGGCCGGUAGGCAGGGGCUGAUGCCUGGAGUUGAGGAGCUGAGGGAUGGGCUUCGUUGGUCCUUGUGAAUGUGGACGAAGUGGUAGAGUCAAUAAUAUGACGAGAGUAGAGCCAAUGGUGGAUUGAUGACUGGUUAGGAUUGUAGACUGAGAUGAUAGAUGAUGCGCUUUGAUUGCCUCCCAGCCAUCUAUCAAAUUG